CGCCAGGUCCCCGAUGCUGUGCUCGCACCCGGUGCCUUGCUGCCUCGCCAGCUCUUCCAAUCGCCUCCACCUGGCCCCCUCCCGCCUGCUCCCCUGCGCCAUGAAGCACCAUAUCGCAGCUCUGUCUUCACCGGCGCUGGCAGGAAGGCCCAAACGCCGAGCUUCUCCGAGCCGGCACAGCUUCCGUCGCACCAAGUCCAGAAGAUGUCAAGGGAAGCCGCCGCCACCGCCUCGGACACCCGAAGAGCCGCCUCAAUGACUUCACUCCAUGACGACGACGACUACUACUUCAGCUCCUCCUCGAUGCCAUUGUAUGACUGGAGCCCUACCCUGACUGCCAACAACACCAUGCAGGACCCAAUGGACAGUUCUCAGCCAUUGGUGGACAUGCUGACACAAGACUCUGAAGCCGAACUGGAGGUUCUCACACAAGCACCAAUCCCAGAUAGUGGCAGUAGCAGAGGGCGGGGAGGAAACUACAAUCACAAUGAAGACAUCCAGUUGUGUUGGUCUUGGAUGGCCAUAACAUUUGACCCAAGAAUAGGAAGUGAUCAACCAAAAGGCACAUAUUGGAAUCGGAUAGCACAACACUAUCAUAAGAACAAGACUUUUGUCUCUGAUAGAAAUGUUACCUCUCUUGAAAAAAGGUGGAAUGGCAUCCAAAGGGAAUGCAUUCGGUUUCAAGAAUGCAUCGAGAAGAUAGAACGUCUCCGUCCAAGUGGCGCUCCGCAUACAGAAUAUAUCAAUUUAGCGCAAAAAUCCUAUGAUGAGACCAAAGGUUUUCCUUACUUUCACUGCUGGAUGGAGGUCCGCCAUACCUAGAAGUUUCAACCAGUAUAUGAAGCAAUGAAACAAGCCCAAGAAAAGAGGCAAAACAAGUCUACGACCCCAUCGCAAGAAGCACAAGAAGAUGACCGUGAACCUUCCAAACGACCUCCAGGUCGCAAACAAUCAAAACAUAAACAAAAGAGGAACGAUGGAGAAGAUGAAUAUGCCGUGCAACUUGCAACCUUUAUACAAAUGAAGUCAUAAGAACAUCAGAAACACGAAGAAAGAUGGAAAGCUGAGAAGGACCUCGAAGAGCGGAAGUUGUUGUGGGAUCAAGAACAAAAGAUCAUGUUCUGCAACACCUCCAAUAUGGAUGAAAGCCAAAGAGCAUAUGUCAAGACAAUGAGGCAACAAAUAGCAACAGCCAAGGAAGCAUUACUCAA